CCUUCCAUCAAUGAGCCUGUUGAUCAGAAAAGACCACUGCUGUGGUAAUGACACAGUCCACUGAUCCCACCGGGAGAAGAUAAAACUCGGCUUUCACCUCCCCUUCCUUAUUUAAGCGAGACUUGGGCUGAGAUUUGUUUCCAGUCUACCUCAGAUACCGACACCUGUCUGGUCCCGGUCGGGCUGCAGGAUCCCAUCAUGCUUUGUGUUGCAGCCCUCCUGCUGGUGAUGGUUUCGCACGCCGAGUCAGACUACUGUUAUGAUGAGCAGCACUGCGAUCCGUACGCCUGGGGAGACCUGUACCCUUCCUGCCACCCUCUGCUUGAACUCCAUCACUCCCCGAUCAACCUGGACCACGACAUGAUCCGGAACGGCUCGCUGGGGCCGCUGCAUCUGGAAGGGUUCGACGUGACCCAAACGGGCCACUGGACCCUCACCAACGACGGACACUCGGUCAUCCUGCAGGUCGGCGGCGGCAUGUCGGUGAGCGGCGGCGGGCUUCCGGAUGUCUACCACACCCUGCAGCUGCACUUCCACUGGGGGGGCCCGGUCACCAACGGCUCGGAGCACACGGUGGACGGACGCCGAUACCCGAUGGAGAUGCACGUCGUCAACAUGAAGUCCAUCCAUCCCAACAUGUCGGCGGCGCUGGAGGACCCGACCGGACUGGCCGUUCUGGGUUUCUUCAUUGAUGUCGUUUACGCCGAUAACGUGCACUUCGGACACAUUUCACAAAAGCUGUCUUCAGUUGCUUACAAAGGCCAAACCACCAAAGUCAAGCCGUUCCCGCUGAUGAGCCUCCUACCAAAGCGCAACAUGAGUCAGUAUUACCGCUACGACGGCAGCCUCACCACGCCGCCGUGCUCCCAGGCCGUGUUGUGGACUCUAUACGAGGUCCCCGUCUACAUCUCCUGGUCCCAGCUGGCUCAGUUUACCUCGCAGAUCUUCUCCACGGAGGAGGAUGCAGAGCAGGUCACGCCGCUGCACAACAACUUCCGACACAUCCACGCCACCUUCAGCCGGGUGGUCUCUGCCUCCAGAGACGCCCGGCUCCUCAGCGGGACGGCGGCGCCGCCCCUCAGGCCGGCCGCGUCGGUGCACCUGCUUCCCUUCGUUCUGCUCGGAGGCCUCGCCUCCAAACUUUAAUGCUGUCUUCG